AUGACCUUCCAGCACCCCCAAGAACAGCAACAAUACCACGGAACUCCCCUGGGCCAAUUGAGAUUGGCUCCGGACGCAAGCCCUCUUAAUCCAGAUCUGAAUCAGCUCCCACAACAAUCACACUCACAAACUCCAUCUCACCGAGAACCAAGCCGUUCGCCAUGCUCAACCCCUGAAAGAAGCAGAUCUUGUUCACUGUCCGCUGGUCAGGAACCGGAGAAAAAGUCAUGGAAGGACAGUGACCAAACGCUUGGUGCCUUCACCCUUGUCACCGAAGAAGCCGCAGAGAAAGCCGAGAAGAAACUGAGUCGUAUGGCUGUCAGCGAUAUGAAGGAGAUUCACGAAAUCUCUGGACUCGAACGCCCCGGUGUCGGGUCACGGCAGGCGACAUCGGCGGCACCAUCAAUCGCUGCAGCACCAUUCACCACUUCGUAUUGUUGCGAUCUCGAACAGUCGCAUAGUCACGACGCCUCGGGCAAACCACGGCCCAGAUCCUCCUCUUCACUAUCAUCCAGCUCUAGGACCCCGACAUUGCACCAGGUGCCCAGUAGUUUAAUCACGGCCAGUCGGGUAUCCACUGAUGCAUACGGGAAUACCUAUCCAGAGGGCGGCAGGGAGGCGUGGUUGUGCGUGUUUGGCUCUUUUUGCGGGUUGAUGAGCGCUCUUGGGAUGAUGAAUACGCUGGGAACAUACCAGGCAUACCUUUCCACACAUCAACUUCGAAGCAAAAGUGAGAGCACCAUUGGCUGGAUCUUCGGCAUCUACGCCUUUCUGUCCUUCGUCCUGGGCGUACAGAUCGGGCCGGUGUUUGACGCCAAAGGUCCCCGUUGGUUGGUGCUUGCUGGGUCUGUUUUUAUGCUCGCUUCGCACCUCCUCAUGGGGGUCUGCAUUGAGUACUGGCACUUCCUCAUCGUAAUCGGUAUCGUAGGUGGGCUCGGGACCUCUUUGGUUUUCACGCCUGCCAUUGCCGCGAUUGGCCACUUCUUUCUGAGCAAAAGAGGCCAGACCACGGGCCUUGCGGCAGCUGGAGGUUCGAUGGGCGGGAUCCUGUUUCCACUGACUCUCCAGGCACUGUUCCCCAAGAUCGGCUGGGCGUGGUCGACUCGAGUCUGCGCACUGAUCAAUCUGGUUCUGUUGAUCUUUGCGAACCUCUUCAUUAGAUCACGCCUCCCGCCACGGAAGGCCACUAAGGAGAACAUUCUCCCGGACUUCCGGAUUUUCCGAGAUCCGGUCUUCGCGCUGACCACAGCGGGCGUCUUCUUCGUGGAAUGGGGCCUUUUCGUCCCGUUGACCUACCUUAGCAGCUAUGCCUUGAGUCACGGCGUCUCGUCCUCAUUCUCGUACCAGAUCAUUGCAAUAUUGAAUGUCGGCUCAUGCUUUGGUCGAUAUUUUCCAGGAUUUGUCGCCGAUAAGGUUGGCCGAUUCAAUGCCAUGGUUGUGACCAUCUCUUUGUGCCUGGUCUCUACGUUGGCGUUCUGGCUCCCAUCCAACGGAUCCAUUGCGUUGAUCGUCGUCUACGCGUUGACCUUUGGAUUCGCCUCCGGUUCAGGCAUCUCGCUGACUCCCGUAUGCGUGGGACAGUUGUGCAGAGUCGAGAAUUAUGGACGCUACUAUGCCACUUGCUAUACUCUUGUGUCGUUUGGAUCCUUGACGGGCAUUCCGAUCGCGGGACAGUUGGUGACUGCGUGCCAGGGCGAAUACUGGGGACUGAUUGCGUUUACUAGUUGUAGUUAUGCGGCGUCGUUGACCAUGUUAACGGCGGCAAGGGUGGUUGUCUUCCACCAGCUUCUCCCCCGUACCCUACUCUGCCAGAGCUUGCGGGCCUCUUUAAAGACCCGGACGAGGCAAGUGAACUCAAGACAACUGUCGGGACCGAUCCUGGCCAAAGAUUUCACGCUUGGUGGUGCCAACUCGAUCGCACUUGCGAGCUUGGACGAUGAACAAGUACUGGGCAGUCUGCAGCUGGUGCCGCCUGCAUUAACUACGAAUCCGAUGAUGGACGACCGGGGUUUUAUCCUCGACGGGGAUGCCACUGCUCAAGAUGUUUACAGCACGCUCCAUGCUGAGGAGAUCCGUACCUUGUUGCUGGCUCCAGGCAAUAAAGGCACCCCUAUCAUCUGUGAGAUGCAAGUGGUGUCCUCUCCCAAGAGUACUCAGUUCGAGGCGCUGUCCUACGUCUGGGGUGAAACUAUCCCAUCCAAAGUCAUCUCUUGCAAUGGCUUUAACUUUCCUGUUACGGAGUCUCUGUACACUGCCCUUCUACAUCUGCGCUAUCCAGACGCUUGGAGACGGCUGUGGGUGGACCAACUCUGCAUCAAUCAAGUCCAGGGUCAGGAGUUGAUGAAACAAGUCGGGUUGAUGGGACGCCUUUAUUCUUCUGCGUGCCGUGUGAUUGUCUGGCUCGGCAAGUAUGACCAGAAGAUGUCCCUGGCAUUCGAACUGCUGCAGGAGACCUCUCUGAGUUCGAGCCUUGUUCGGUCGGAUUUUCUGGACUCGUCGAGUGGGCUUUCCACACCUCGAACAAGAUCACUCGCAGCACGAGGGACCUCCAGGUCUCCACGCUUGUCGCGAUAUUCUAGCCGUGCAUCGAGCUCGCGUGAAAGCCUAACCAGCCUCUCCUCCUCAACUUCUAGCCUCAGUUGUUUGUCGGCCCAUCGGCCCAAGAACAGACGGCACGACACUCCUCCCGCUUUGAAAUACGCGUUGUCGAUUUUUCAGCACGUGUACUUUACGAGGAAGUGGACCUUCCAAGAGAUCAUCCUCGCGAAGGCCGCAAUUAUCUGCUGCGGCGAUCUCGAAAUGGCAUGGAGCGACUUGUCUCUGUGGUACUUCCACUACGCUUCAAAGUUACGCAGCUCGAGUCUCUUGUACGACUCUAACGGCUCCUUUGAGAGUAUCCUGACAGUGAGAAACGAACUGGAGAAGGGUACACUAAAGCUCAGUAAGUUGCUCAUGCUGACCAGGCCAAGAACCAGCACGAAACCCGAAGACGCAAUUUAUGCCUUGCUGGGCUUGAUGCCUGACUUGCUCCGCGCUAUAAAGUCGAAGUCAAACAUCCAACAUCCUCCAGGGAUAGUGCCUUCUCAAGAAGAAAACUUGUUCUACCUUUAUCUGAAGGUCUUUCUGUAUUGCAUCGAGAAAGAGCACGACUUAGCCAUCAUCAGUGCCGCUGGCAGGUACAGGGCUAAUGACCAAGCAACAGACUGGCCAGGCUGGCUGCCGGAUUGGAGGCAAUCACUCCCGCUUCGGCCGUUGGUCAUCAUGAGUCCUAUGGAUCUUGGCCCGGAGUCCGCCUUUGACGAAGACUCUCCUAAAGAUGUGCCGCCUUUACCACAAGCCGAGACUUCGCCCAUUUACAAGUUGAGUUUCCAACCCGGGCCGACGGCCUCACUGAUGUCAUCGUGGCCCUCCCUGACAGUAUUUGGUGUCCGUCUUGGUUGUAUAGUCACGCGUCCACUGUCCUGGCCUAGCGUUUUCCUCGUCGCCGACUCACCAGCCCAGUCUAUACUGAGCGGCUGCCCUGAUGAAAGCCAAUUUACUCAAUCGCUUGCAUCCCUAGCACCGGAGCUCUCUGACGAACCGUUGAAAUCACACAAGGCUGCAUAUCAGGAGCUAAACCAAGAUUAUGCGCCAUCUUUGUUGCAGAGAUCACUCCAAGCUGGCGCCCAAUGUCGCUCCGUGAGGACUUCAGCCAUGGUGCAGUCUAGAGAUUGGCUCUGCGCUUUCAGAGGCGGGAGUGUAUUAUACACGAUUCGUCCGCUCGACGAGUUUCCUGCUGCUCUCCAAGCAAACUCCACGUCACCGAGAAGAGGAAGAUUGUUACGCGAAUCGAAACGGUCAACGUCAUCGAUUGGCGGUCCGCCUCGCCAUCCUGCUAAAUAUCUGUUCCUCGGUGAAUGCGUGGUGCAUGGCCUCAAUCCAAGCGAGGUUCUGGCUCAUCCAAAUGAAAUGAUGGAGUUUGAACUAGUAUAA